CUCCCUCUGUGGAAAUGACCUGUUUUGAAAGCAUCGCUAAUUAAAAGAUUUUGUGGAGACGGAGCAUGAGGCAUGAUCUAUCUGUCAAUCUACAGUAAGUGGAUCAGGAUGCCAUCCUUCCGAUCAUUGCGAGCACUGCUUACAUAGAAGACACACAGAAGCCAAGACUGUUAGAAGCCAAGACUGAAAUAGAAGUGCUCUUGGCGCGCUCAAGCUAUUUGAGCAAUGUUUCUGCACGAAAGUCAAAAUGCACUAAAAAAGUUUCCAUGGCAGUUGGGAAAUUUUCUUGUCGUAUCGUCAUAUCGAAUAACGAUAGUCCUGCUUUUGUGAGUUGUAGCUCAGGAUGAGAGAUCUGGCCAGAGCCCUUAUCUUAUUGGUCACUCUGAUGUUACUUACUCGUGAAACACGGCCUCAAAAUGGCGGCCAGCUCACUCAACGCGAAAUAGACGCCUACAGUAGAUGCAAAAGUACACCUUGUGUUGCUCGAGUGUCCUUAUGUAUCUUAAAUAAAGAUUGCGCAAAGUGCAGGCCUAUAGCUGGACAAAACUGUACAUGUUGUGAGGACUGCUUCAGAUGCCUUGGUCAAAAACUCUGGAAAAAAUGUUGUCCUUGUGUUGGUCUCUGUACUCAUACUCCCCGCAAUGAUACGAACAGCACGCAGCAUAUACCGAGCAGUUACGGUGAUUUGAACAGGUCUAUACCAACUAUGUUUGAAAUUUUCAGUCAAGGAGAUCAAUUUCCUGUUGUAUUCAUGACACGAGGCAAAAAAGGUUCUUCAAACCAUUGCAAAGUAGCUUUCUUCAAUAAAUGCAUUGCGAAAGAAGUUUGCGUUGUGUCCUGCGGGAACAUGGGAUCACAUAGAUACCGCUGGUUUCGGAACGGCUGUUGUCAGUGCGUGGGUCACCGUUGUGGAGACUACGGGAAACUUCAACCUCUCUGCAAGAGUUGUGGGCUCAAUUAAAGCUUUGCAUACGGUGUCAAAUGGAACAGAGUUUUGCAUCUCUUAAAAGAGACAUUGUGUCGCUAAUGAAGGGGAAAAUAGUUUGCAAAGGAUUAUAAAAUUUUAAUCAAGAAUCUUAGUCACAACAUCGCCACAUAGCAAAACUUCCGGUGGUACCAUUUGCUACUCGGUAAUCCAUUUUAAUAUGCAGUAUGGAUAGGUAAACUUAGGAACAUUUGUUCACGGAUAGCAAUUUGUACUAUAACAUAACCAAAGUAAAGCGCACACUCUGAUUGGUCAAUUUAACAUCCCCCAUUU